ACGGAUUACACACUUUGCUGGAGACAAUACAAGGACUUUAACAGCAGCCAUGGUGGACGCAGCGGCAGCAGAGCAGUUCCUGGAUGCCAACCCGCAGUUCGCCAAGCAGUACUACGACACCAACUUCAGGCCUAAGGUGGUCUCGGACCUGCUGGACAACAACCGGAAGGUGGCGAUGGACAUCAGCAAGUUCCACGACCUGACGGCGGUGGAGGAGAGCGAGGUCCUUUUCGACCUGAUGCGGGACAUCCAGGACAACCUGCAGAUGGAGAAGUCCGUCUUCAACCUCAUGAGACACCUCAGCUUCAUGAUGAGGGCCGACCGCAUGAGCCUCUUCAUGUACCGGCAGAGGAACGGAGUGGCCGAGCUGGCCACCAGGUUAUUUAACGUCAACAAAGACUCCCUGUUCGAUGACUGCCUGGUGCCGCCCGACAGUGAGAUCGUGUACCCGUUGGAUAUGGGCCUCGUGGGCCACGUGGCCUCCACCAAGAAGAUGGUCAACAUCGCUGAUGUGUCUGAGAGCGCUCAAUACAGUGACUUUGUGGACGAGCUGACCGAGUACAAGACCAAGAGCGUCCUCGCCAUCCCCAUCAUGAACGGCAAAGACAUGGUGGCCGUCAUGAUGGCCAUCAACAAGCUGGACGGGCCGCGCUUCACUGCGAAGGACGAAGAGACUCUGAACAAGUAUCUCAACUUUGCCAACCUGAUCUUGAGAGUUUUCCACCUGAGCUACUUGCACAACUGUGAGACCAGGAAGGGACAGGUGCUGCUGUGGUCGGCCAGCAAGGUGUUUGAAGAGCUGACGGACAUAGAGAGGCAGUUCCACAAGGCCCUGUACACCGUCAGAGCUUUCCUCAACUGUGACCGGUACUCCGUGGGUCUGCUGGACAUGACCAAGACCAAGGAGUUCUUUGACCUGUGGCCAGUCCUUAUGGGAGAAGUUCCACCAUAUGAUGGACCCAAAACUCCUGAUGGCAGGGAAAUUGUCUUCUACAAACUGAUUGACUACAUCCUCCACGGAAAAGAGGACAUCAAAGUCAUACCGAAUCCUCCGGCGGAUCACUGGGUCCUGGUUAGCGGCUUACCGACCUACGUAGCAGAGACUGGGCUGAUUUGUAACAUAAUGAAUGCAGGUCAGGACGAGUUUUUCAAAUUCCAGAAAGAGCCUCUGGAUGACUCCGGCUGGACCAUUAAGAACGUCCUGUCUAUGCCAAUCGUCAACAAGAAAGAGGAGAUAGUGGGUGUGGCCACAUUCUAUAAUAGGAAGGAUGGGAAACCCUUUGAUGAAAUGGACGAGACGCUGAUGGAGUCUCUGACUCAGUUCCUGGGCUGGUCGGUGCUGAACACCGACACCUACGACAAGAUGAACAAGCUGGAGAACAGGAAGGACAUCUUCCAGGACAUGGUGAUGUACCACGUCAAGUGUCGUAAGGAUGAAAUCCAGCACGUCCUGAACACCAGGGAGAGAUGGGGGAAGGAGCCGGACGCGUGUGAGGAGGAGGAGCUCCAAGAGAUUCUGUCUGAGGUCCUGCCAGACUCUAAGAAAGCUGAGCUCUUUGAGUUCCACUUCUAUGACUUUCAUCACACCGAACUGGAACUGGUGAAAUGUGGCAUCAAGAUGUACUACGAACUGAAAGUGGUGGACAAGUUUCACAUUCCCAGAGAGGCCCUGGUGAGGUUCAUAUACUCUCUCAGUAAAGGCUACAGGAGCAUCACCUACCAUAACUGGAGACACGGAUUCAACGUGGGACAGACCAUGUUCACCCUGCUCAUGACGGGGGAUCUGAAGCGCUACUUCACAGACCUGGAGUGUAUGGCCAUGGUGACCGCCGGCCUCUGCCACGAUAUUGACCACAGAGGAACCAACAACCUUUACCAGAUGAAGUCUGGUAAUCCACUGGCGAAGCUUCACGGCUCCUCCAUCUUGGAAAGACACCAUCUGGAGUUUGGAAAGACUCUGCUAAGAGAUGAAUCAUUGAACAUUUAUCAGAAUCUGAACCGCCGUCAGCACGACACCGUCAUCCACCUCAUGGACAUCGCCAUCAUCGCCACUGACCUGGCUCUCUACUUCAAGAAGAGGACGAUGUUCCAGAAGAUCGUGGACCAGUCCAAGACCUACGAGAACUGGAACGAUUGGACCAAGUACAUGAUGCUGGAGACCACGCGCAAAGAGAUCGUCAUGGCCAUGAUGAUGACUGCUUGUGACCUGUCUGCCAUCGCCAAACCGUGGGAGAUCCAGAGCAAGGUGGCGCUGUCUGUGGCUGCAGAGUUCUGGGAGCAGGGAGACCUGGAGAGGACGGUCCUGGAGCAAAUUCCCAUCCCCAUGAUGGACAGAAACAAAUCAGACGAUCUGCCGAAGAUGCAGUGUGGUUUCAUCGACUUCGUUUGCACUUUUGUGUACAAGGAGUUCAGUCGUUUCCAUGUGGAGAUCACCCCCAUGCUGGACCGCCUGAUGAACAACAGGAAGGAGUGGAACGCCCUGAAGGAGGUGCACGAGGCCAAAGUGGCUGUCAUCGAGGAGGCAAAGAAAGCCAAGGAGGAGAACGCUGCGGGGGCCAAACAAGGAAGUGCCGCCCAGUCACAGUCAAAGACUUGUAUUGUCAGUUAA